UUCCUAUGCCUCGACGACAUUAACAAUAGCACCGACAAUGGAGGUCCGAUGAUGUCAACCCGAAGCUCCCCUUCAACCUCAUCUACAACUUCACCUCCGAAUGCGUCCCAACUAGCUCCAAGAUUUCCUCCCUCCGGAAACAGCGCAAAUGCCAACGCGGCUGCGGUUCUUGCAGCGGCUGUGGCCGCCACUCACUACAGCCCAACAGCAUCGGCAGCCACCCCAAACAGCCUCCAGGACGCUGCAGCCGUGUUUUCUGCAGCUUAUGCAGCAACGUCCUCAGCAGAAUUCAGCUCGACCGUGGCUUCUCCGGCAGCAGUGGCCAUGGCUGCAGCUGCAGCAGCGGCGGCGGUGGCUGCUUAUCCCCCCGACUCCAGUUCGAGCAUAAUGAGCGUGCCUUCGCCUAUCUUUCCCCCUCCUCCAAUGAGCAGCGGAAAUCACCAACAACAGCGCUUGUCGCCAUCGCCAUCUCAACCAUCAGGGAGCAGUGGCUGUGAAGGGGCAUGCAAACCUGACUUUGCGAAUGCUUCGGAUUUCCUCGAGGCGUUUGCGAGAUCUGCCGGGGGAGGGAUGGGCGGAUGGCGUAGCCAACAGACCACUAGACCGGAACCACUGGGCUUUCCCUCAACCGAGGCUCUCCUUGAAUGCUAUCGGGCCCAGCUGCCGAACGUUUUGAAUGUACAUUUUGUGGGCUGCUCUUAUCUCUUCAUUCAGUGGAAACUAGAGAGAAAUGUUGGGUAUUCAGGAGGCAAGAGAUGGCGUUGGUGUUCGAGGUCAUUGCUAGGACCCAUUCUCCAGAUGGAGGCCUCUGGCACCACGUCGUCCACACCACCCACAGGAUCGCGUGGUAUUAGAGCAGCACACAACUUUUUGCCCUCGUCUUCCAUUCCGUAUAAUUCGCAUCAGCCAAUGCAGCAAUCGGAUGAGUACUACAACUAUCUGCCAACCUCUUUUCCCUCGUCGACGAGCUAUCAAUCCACCUAUCAGUCUGCCGAUAAUCGAUGCUACGACAAUCCGGUCUACUGGACCGAGCAGACCUCUGCUGACAGUGCCUGGUACUCUUCGACCUGUAAUCCAGAAAAUCAGCUUUCAUUGGGUUGUUUCAGUGCGCCACCAACAUAUGCAGAUCUGAGUCCAGUCGAAACAUUCUUUUUUGGAAGUGGGAAAAGUGGGAGAAAGGCUGAGGAUUAUCGAGAAUCAGACGUUUACGCACUUUUUACUAUACUUCGAUCUUUAUUCAACCCUUUCAGGUACUCGAACCUUACAACUGAUCCGACAUCAAAGGCGGCGCCUGACACCACUGGAAAUGUUGCGCAGCCUCAACCUCCACCUACAUUUGCGUCCUCGCCUUUUAAGACUUCGGCAACAACAACAACAACAUCUGCUUCCUCCGGUUUCCCUCCAUCGUUUCCUCAAUCGUCCAAUCAAUUCCCACCCAAUGGGGCUAAUGUCGCCUCUAAUCCAUUUUUUGCCUCUUUUCAACCCGCGGUGACAACGAGUGGGAGUGAUUUUUACCGUGCCUCGACACUUUUUACUGCUUCCGCUGGAACAAGAGGUGACGAUGAAGUUGGUGCUACCGCCACUCCCUACUAUGAUCCUUCCAGACAGGUUGGCGGGGGUGAACACUACUCUGGGACAAACGCUCCGUCCUCCUCAGCAUCUAGCUACCAGCGAGCGUUAGGGGGCUAUACGACUGCAGGUGGCGGGAGUGCUGGGGGUAGUACCAGUGGCGGAGGGGCUGGAGGUGAGAAGAACGUGAUUGACGUGCCAGGGAGCCUUGGUGGUGGAGUGGGCGGCGGUGGUGGUGCGGGUGACGGUGCUGUUGGUAUUGUGUCUCGCGAGAUGAUGCGUUCGUACCUGAAGAAUCGGCGAGAUCAGGUGCUCAUUGUGCUUCAUGCCAAAGUGGCACAGAAGUCGUAUGGAACAGAGAAGAGGUUCUUCUGCCCUCCACCCUGCAUCUACCUUCGAGGAGAUGGCUGGGAUGCAAGACCGAGUGCAAGCAGUCCAACUAAGCUCAUUGGUUCAUCAUCAGAUCCAGCGUUCCAGAGGUCCUUCCUUCCGUGGGAGGCAGAGGCUGACUUCAACACCAGUAAAUUGAGUGGGGAAAAAGUUCAAGUUUUGGCCUUUAUGGGCAUUGGCGGAACUUCAACAGCAAAAGAUAUGGUUCAGCUAAAUCUGGAACCCGGAAAGGACUAUUCAGCUGCCAAGACUCUCUUCAUCUCCGACUCUGAUAAGCGGAAGCACUUUAUGCUGACAGUCAAAAUGUUCUACUCCAAUGGGAAGGAUCUCGGUCAAUUUAAUUCUCGGCGCAUCAAGGUCAUAUCAAAACCCAGCAAAAAGAAACAGUCACUAAAGAAUACUGAUCUAUGCAUCGCCUCAGGCACGAAGAUAGCAUUGUUCAAUCGCCUUCGGUCGCAGACGGUGAGCACACGCUACCUUCAUGUUGAUGCAGGCAGUUUCCAUGCCAGUUCCAGCCGAUGGGGUGCUUUCACAAUCCACCUCCUCUCUGAUGAUGAGUCGGAGGCGGAAGAAUUCAAUGUGCGCGACGGCUACAUCCACUACGGGCACACUGUAAAACUCGUCUGUUCUGAGACUGGCAUGGCUCUGCCCCGUCUGAUCGUUCGAAAGGUGGACAAGACAGUGGUAAUGCUGGAUGCGGAUGAUCCUGUAAGUCAGCUGCACAAGUGUGCCUUCUACCUGAAAGACACGGACCGGAUGUACCUCUGCCUGUCUCAGGACAGGAUCAUUCAGCAUCAAGCGGUGCGCUGCGAUGACAACCCUCACCGGGAGACAAUCAACGAUUCCGCCGCUUGGACUAUCAUCAGUACUGACCGAGCGGAGUAUCGGUGGUUCGAGAUAUCCAGUCUUCGUGAUGACCCUAGUGUCUCCAAAGCACUGGUCGCGCAGAUUCCGCCGCCUUCCAACCACCCCGUUACCCCUGUCCCCAUUGUCACCAGCAUUCGCACCAAUGGUGGAGGUGACGUUGCCAUGGUGGAGGUGUCUGGCGAGAAUUUCAGUGCCAACCACCAGGUUUGGUUUGGUGAUGUGCCUGCACAGACUUUCUAUAGAUGUCAGGAGCUCCUACUCUGUCUGGUUCCCGAUAUCUCCGAAUUCCAUCCCGAAUGGACUUAUAUCCAAUAUGAACUCGAGGUUCCAAUAAGCAUUGCUCGGAACGAUGGUGUCAUCUAUGCCACAGGGUCAACGUUCACUUAUCAGCCAGAACUUGGACCUCGUCAGCACUGUCAAUCGGCUCUGGAGCUGAUGCGAGCAGCCGCUUUUGCAGCGGCCGCAGCAGCAGCAGCCUCUAUGGGACAGGUGAUGCAACCAACUGCACCGGUGAUGCCACCGGGACAGCAUCAACAGCAGCGGCCCUCUCUCGAAUAUCCAACAGUUGAAGGAGGCCUCGCCACAGGUGGUGUGUCCUCCUCCGCUCCCUCUUAUUCCUCAUUUUCGGAGACCCUUCCCACCACCUCUCACAGUGGCAAUAGGGCCUACGCGACGCCAAUGGACGAGGGAUCGGCCCCUGUUGUUGCCACGCCAUCCUCGAGUGAGCCCACACAAUAA